AUUAAAAAAACAGAAACAAAAAUUUCAGAGAGAGAGAGAGAGAGAGAGAGAGAGGGGAGAGGGAGUUAAGAGGAGAGAGAGAUGCUGAGCAGCAGAGCAACAGCAGCAGCAGCGGCCGCCAUUUCCGUCCCGACGGUUGCUACCCUGAGGGGGAGGCCUUCUUCUUCGUUGUUUUCGCCAUUUCUCUCCAGUCCUGGUCGCAGGCUCUCCGGCGGCGGCGCCAACGUAUGCUUCGGGCGCAGGAGAAGCAGCAGCAGCAACAACAGGAUGCGGAGUGGCGGUAUCGUCGCCUCCGCUGCUCAGUCGCUCCAGGAUCCCGACCAGCUCAUCGAUUCCGUCGAGACCUUCAUCUUCGACUGCGACGGAGUUAUAUGGAAAGGAGACAAGCUGAUUGAUGGAGUGCCAGAAACGCUUGACAUGCUCAGGUCAAAGGGCAAGAGAUUGGUCUUUGUGACCAACAACUCAACCAAGUCCAGGAAACAAUAUGGAAAGAAAUUUGAGACACUUGGUCUCAAUGUCAACGAGGAGGAAAUAUUUGCAUCAUCUUUUGCAGCUGCUGCAUAUUUGAAGUCUAUCAAUUUCCCUAGAGAUAAAAAGGUCUAUGUAAUUGGUGAGGAUGGCAUCUUGAAGGAGCUUGAGCUUGCUGGAUUUCAGUACCUUGGUGGCCCUGAAGAUGGUGGAAAGAAGAUCGAACUAAAACCUGGCUUUCUAAUGGAACAUGAUAAAGAUGUUGGAGCUGUGGUGGUUGGAUUUGAUCGAUAUUUCAAUUACUACAAAGUUCAGUAUGGAACACUCUGUAUACGUGAAAAUCCAGGGUGUCUAUUCAUUGCAACAAACCGGGAUGCAGUCACCCAUCUCACAGAUGCUCAGGAGUGGGCAGGUGGAGGUUCUAUGGUUGGAGCUCUCUUGGGAUCCACUCAACGUGAACCCUUGGUUGUUGGGAAGCCUUCAACGUUUAUGAUGGACUACUUGGCGGACAAGUUUGGCAUUACCAAAUCUCAGAUCUGCAUGGUCGGUGACAGACUGGACACCGAUAUUCUAUUCGGGCAAAAUGGAGGCUGCAAGACUCUCUUAGUCCUCUCAGGGGUGACCUCUUUGUCAAUGCUUCAAAAUCCUAACAACUCCAUCCAACCGGAUUUCUACACCAACAAGAUAUCGGACUUUCUCUCCCUCAAAGCUGCGACUGUCUGACACUCAACUGCUCUAGGCUCCUUUACUUUGCUGCAACUGGACAGCAGCUGCUUCAUCGAACUUAAAGCUAGCAGCAAAAUUUAUACUAUUGAAGUGUAUAGUGAUACGUCAGCAAGCCCUUCAAUGGGGGGUGGAAACUGAGACGAUGCGGUGCAGCAGAGCAACAUCGCCAAUGAAAUUCAUGAAGGCACAGGAAAAAGGUUCCCUGUGCAGAAAGUUCGAGUUAACAUUUAUUGUAUUUUCACUUGUUCUGUAUAUGCAGCUUGAUAUCCCAUUUUUUAUUCUAUGCACUAGAAAAUUUGAUGACUGAAAAGAGUUCAGAAUGAUUAAGUUCCCCAUAGAUGAGGCGUAUGAGCUAAACAUUUUUUGGUACAUCCAGUCGGUAAGAUAUAUCGAAAUACGAUAUUCAUCACCG